AUGGACUGGAAUCUGAAAGCACCUUCUUGGGAUUUGAGUGAAGUGGAUCAGGCAAACUUACCCAACAUGGAAACAAUGGAAGGCUCAAGCAGAUAUGGAAUGUAUAGAAGUAAGGGGGAAUUUUCGGUUGACUUGAAGCUUGGCCAGGUGGGGAAUUCUGGCACAGAAUCAGUAUUGACCAAGUCCAAAGAUGCUGUUGGAGUCUCCAAAAUGACAUCCUCAUCUUCAGGUGGGUCAUCUAAGAGAGCUCGUGCCCUUAGCAACGGGACACAAACAGUGUCAUGCCUUGUCGAUGGGUGCCACUCUGAUCUCAGUAACUGCAGGGACUAUCAUAGGCGCCAUAAGGUCUGUGAAGUCCAUUCCAAGACUGCACAAGUCACAAUUGGAGGACACAAACAAAGGUUCUGCCAGCAGUGUAGCAGGUUCCAUUCACUGGAGGAAUUUGAUGAGGGGAAAAGGAGCUGCAGGAAGCGGUUAGAUGGGCACAACCGACGGAGAAGAAAACCCCAACCAGAACCUCUAACACGCUCUGGUAGUUUUUUGUCGAAUUACCAAGGUACCCAGUUGCUACCUUUCUCAAGUUCACAUGUAUACCCGUCCACUACUGUAAUGAAUCCUACAUGGGGUGGAAUUGUUGCUUCUGGUGAUGUUAGGGUUCAUGGGCACAACCAACAGCACCAGCAAAGUGACCUUUUUCUUGGAUCUUCUCCAACCGGUUAUAAAGAAGGGAAGCAAUUGGCCUUCAUGCAAGGUGACCACACCCUGAACAACCAAAGCCCACAUCUAGCAGGUGGUUCCGUGGGCCAGGCCCAGGUAUUUCUGAGGACCGGCCCGUAUUCCGAAGGCGGUGGGCUGAGGUGCAAAAUGUUGUGCGAUAGCCUUACAGGCUCGGUCCACGACUCCUCUCGUGCUCUCUCUCUUCUGUCAUCACCACAGCCGCACAGUCCUGGAAAUGGGUUGAGCCCAAUGGUGAACCAUCAUCAUUCGCCUCUUAUGCAGCCAUUGGGCCUGAGCCUGCACGAUAACAGUUUGGGGCCCGUGGACCCAGUUUUGGGCCUGAAUGGGAGUGACCAUUCUUCGUCGAUGUAUAACAUAGGUUCUAAUGGAUCACAGGGGAAUGAAGCCCCUCCACUGUUUCCCUUUCAAUGGGAAUAG